AUGGCGGAGGACAGUGAAUCUGCGGCCAGUCAGCAGAGCCUGGAGCUGGAUGACCAGGACACCUGCGGCAUAGAUGGAGAUAACGAGGAGGAGAAUGAGCAUAUGCAGGGAAGUCCAGGAGGUGAUGUGGGAGCCAAAAGAAAAAAGAAGAAACAGAAGAGAAAGAAAGAGAAACCCAGUUCAGGAGGUGCUAAGUCAGACUCUGCCUCUGACUCUCAAGACAUAAAGAAUCCAGGCUUGCCCAUUCAGAAGCUGCAGGACAUCCAAAGAGCAAUGGAGCUGCUGUCCUGCCAAGGUCCAGCCAAGAGCAUAGACGAUGCAACAAAGCACAAAUACCAGUUCUGGGACACUCAGCCGGUGCCCAAAAUAAACGAGGUUGUAACAAGCCACGGCCCCAUUGAAGCUGACAAAGAGAACAUUAGACAGGAGCCAUAUUCCUUACCUCAAGGUUUUAUGUGGGACACUCUGGACCUUAGCAACGCAGAUGUGCUGAAGGAAUUGUAUACUCUCUUAAAUGAAAACUAUGUAGAAGAUGAUGAUAACAUGUUCAGAUUUGAUUAUUCACCAAACUUUCUAAAAUGGGCUCUGCGUCCGCCUGGCUGGCUGCCUCAGUGGCACUGUGGCGUCAGAGUGUCCUCAAACAAAAAGCUGGUCGGCUUCAUUAGUGCCAUUCCUGCAGAUGUGCGGAUCUACGACACACUAAAGCGGAUGGUUGAGAUAAACUUCCUGUGUGUCCAUAAAAAGCUGCGGUCAAAGCGAGUGGCUCCAGUGCUAAUCAGGGAGAUAACGCGACGUGUAAACUUGGAGGGCAUAUUUCAGGCUGUGUACACGGCAGGAGUCGUGCUGCCAAAACCCGUGUCCACAUGCAGGUAUUGGCAUCGCUCUUUAAAUCCACGAAAGCUUGUAGAGGUGAAAUUCUCUCAUCUGAGCAGAAACAUGACUUUACAAAGAACCAUGAAACUCUACAGGUUACCAGAUAGCAUUAAGACUCCAGGUUUACGACUGAUGGAGAAGCGUGACAUCUGCCAGGUGACAGAGCUGCUGCAGAAAUUUCUAAAGCGGUUUCAGUUGGCUCCAUCGAUGUCAGAAGAAGAGGUGACACACUGGUUCUUGCCUCAGGAGAACAUCAUUGACACAUUUGUAGUGGAGGGUUCAGAUGGUGUUUUGACAGAUUUAGUUAGUUUCUACACGCUGCCCUCCACAGUGAUGCAUCACCCGCUGCACAGGAGCCUGAAGGCUGCGUACUCUUUCUACAACGUUCACAAUCAAACCCCACUUCUUGAUUUAAUGAACGACGCCCUCAUCCUUGCCAAAAUGAAAGGUUUUGAUGUAUUCAAUGCUUUGGAUCUAAUGGAAAACAAGGUGUUCUUAGAGAAGCUCAAGUUUGGCAUAGGAGAUGGGAACCUGCAGUAUUACCUCUACAAUUGGAAAUGCCCUUCUAUGGACCCUGAUAAGGUUGGCCUUGUGCUCCAGUAG